CUACCUGCUUCCGGGUUUGUGUGACCAGGGAGUGCUUCUCAACCUGCUGUCUCCUUCUGAUUCAUUGAUUUCAAAGUGCAACUUCAAAGCAAGUGAUCAACAGGAACAAUGUCGUAUGAACUGAGACAAGUGUUUGCCAGUCUCCCGCAGAUGGAAAGGGGAGUUGCCAAAGUGAUUAGCGGUGAUCCCAAAGGCAAUAACUUCCUCUACACCAACGGGAAGUGUGUCAUCAUCCGGAACAUCCAUAACCCAGCCAUAGCAGACAUUUACACCGAACAUGCCCAUGCAGUUUCUGUAGCGAAGUAUGCCCCCAGUGGAUUCUACAUCGCUUCUGGAGAUGUAUCAGGAAAGAUCCGCAUCUGGGACACCACGCAGAAGGAGCACCUCCUCAAGUAUGAGUACACUCCAAUAUCAGGCAAGGUCAAGGACAUCGCGUGGACAGAGGACAGCAAGAGGAUUGCUGUGGUUGGGGAUGGACGAGAGAAGUUCGGGGCUGUGUUUCUGUGGGACAGCGGUUCUUCAGUCGGAAGUAUUUCUGGCCACUCCAAAUUAAUCAACAGCGUAGACAUUCGUCAAAAACGUCCCUACCGGAUGGUCACCGGCGCCGAUGACUCCUCUGGCUCUUUUUUUGAGGGGCCUCCCUUCAAAUUCAAAUUCUCGAUACGUGAUCACAGCCAGUUUGUCAACUGUGUUCGUUUCUCUCCUGAUGGAAGUCACUUCGCGACAGCCGGUGCUGACGGCCAGAUUCUCAUCUUUGAUGGAGGUAACGGUGAGCGUGUCAGCAGCCUGGGAGGAGAAAAGGCUCAUAAAGGAGGAAUAUAUGCUAUAAGUUGGAGCCCAGACAGCUCCCAGCUGAUUUCCGCCUCAGGCGACAAGACCGUCAAGCUCUGGGAUGUUGGCGCUGGUACCGCAGUCACCACCUUCAACAUGGGCAAUGAGGUGGCGGAUCAGCAGCUGGGCUGUCUGUGGCAGAACGAUUACCUCCUCAGUAUCUCCCUGACAGGCUACAUUAACUACUUGGAUAAGAACAAUCCUGACCGGCCCAUACGCACCAUCAAGGGGCACAGCAAAUCCAUCCAGUGUGUGACAAUUCACAGAAGUGAUGGACGACCAUACAUCUACACGGGGAGUCAUGAUGGCCACAUCAAUUACUGGGAUGCAGAAACUGGGGAGAAUGAUUGUUUCUCAGGAAAGGGCCACAGCAACCAGGUGAGCAAAAUGGUUGUCAACGUUGCUGAUGAAGUGGUGACAUGCAGCAUGGAUGACACGGCGCGCUACACCAGCAUCAACAAGAAGGAUUACAGUGCCUCUGAUGUGGUGAAAAUGGCUUCCCAGCCUAAAAGCAUCUCAACCGCUCAAGGGGGCCUAACACUGGUUGUGUGCAUUGAGCAGGUUGUCUUACUGAAGAACAAACAAAAUGUCUUCACACUGGAAAACCUUGGCUAUGAACCUGAAGUUGGAGCUCUCGAUCCUGCAGGGAGCACUGCCGCCAUUGGGGGAGCAGAUGGUACAAUUCGUCUGUACUCGGUCCAAGGCAAUACUCUGAAGGAUGAAGGAAAAACCAUACAGGCUCGAGGGGCGAUCACUGAUAUGGCUUACUCUAACAAUGGAGCCUAUUUGGCUGUCAUAGAUGACAAGAAAGUGGCUACAGUCUUUAGUGUGGCGGAUGGCUACUCGCUCAAAAAUGAGUUUUAUGGACACCACGCCAAACCAGUUACUUUAGCCUGGGCACCUGACAAUGAGCACUUUGCAACCGGUGGGAUGGACAUGAUGGUGUUUAUCUGGACAGUUGAUGAUGCAGACAAGCGGCUGAAGCUGCAAGACUGUCACAAGUUGCACCACGUCAGCGGCCUGUCUUGGAUUGACGCAAAUACUCUGGUCACCACUUCUCAUGAUGCCAGCGUCAAGCAGUGGACUAUUAAAUAUUGAGAAGGCAUGCUGGAAAAACACCCACGUCCCCAGGGACAAGGACUACUGUAGAGUUCAAUCAACCCCCCAAAUCAAAAUGGUGUAUUUUGCUGUCUGUCAACAUCUGAAUUUAAAAGGGUUCUGGUAUAAACAAACGAAUGAAAAUGAGUAAAAUAUUUGUCUGUAUGCAAAUAAGCGCAAAGAGUCUAUUUGACAUCUCAUUAAGUGGACACUGCUCACCAUUCCAUAAAUAAUGGCAGGAGUUGGGCUGAAUGCAUCCAAACCUGACGGAUGAACCGUAACGUUUGUGUUUGCACUAAUGUGUU